AUGAAAACCUUUGAAAACACUGAACUUUGCUUUCCACAGCUGCUCAAUUCAUCUUGUAGGAAGAUCAUGGGUCGUUCCUCAGUAUCCCUGCUGAUUUACUUUACUCUGUCCUUCAUCUCUUUGCUCACUGUGACACUUAACCUGAUGGUCAUCAUCUCUAUCUCCCACUUUAAGAAUCUCCACAGCCCCACCAACAUCCUCCUGCUUUCUCUGGCUGUCUCAGAUUGCAUGGUGGGAUUCCUCAUUUCAUUUCAAAUAGUGCUGAUAGAUGGCUGCUGGUAUCUUGGGGACAUCAUAUGCACCCUGUAUGUUGUUCUGGACUAUGUAAUCACUUCUGCCUCAAUAGGAACCAUGGUGCUUAUAUCGGUAGAUCGUUACGUGGCCAUUUGUUACCCCCUGUAUUACCCCAGCAAAGUCACAGCAGAACGAACAAAAAUGUGUGUUUCUCUGUGUUGGAUGUUUGCUUUUCUUUGUCAUAGCCUGCUCCUGAAAGACAGCUUGCAAAAACCAGGCAGGUAUAAUUCCUGUUUUGGAGAGUGUGUAGUUGUCCUUGAUUAUAUUGGAGGAAUUACUGAUCUUUUGUUGUCCUUUAUUGGCCCAGUCACUGCCAUCCUAGUUCUGUAUGUGAGAGUGUUUGUAGUAGUUGUGUCUCAGGUUCAAGCCAUCCAGUCUCAUGUUUCAGCUGCCUCACUUCAGGGUUCAGUGAGAGUCUCUGCUAAGAAAUCUGAAAUGAAGGCAGCUGUUAUCCUUGGGAUUGUUGUUGUUGUGUUUCUGAUAUGCACUUGCCCAUAUUUCUGUGUUAUUCUUAUGGCAGAAGGUGCUGAGGUCAGUGCUUCCUCAGUGACCUUUCUUCUGUUUUACUUUAAUUCCACCCUUAACCCACUAAUCUAUGCACUGUUUUACCCCUGGUUUAGGAAAUCAGUUAAACUAAUUCUUACAUUGCAGAUACUGAAGUCCGACUCAUCUGACACUAUUGUGAUGUAA